AUGAAGUGGAAAAACCAAACAAGUGUGAUGGAAUUUAUCCUCGUUGGUUUUUCAACCAUGCCAAAUAUAGAGCUGUUUUUGUUUCCCCUAGUCUUGAUGAUGUACAUUGUGACAGUGACUGGGAACGUCCUCAUCAUUGUGGUUGUCAUGAUAGACCCAGCUCUUCAAUCACCAAUGUACUUCUUCCUGAGGAACUUGUCCUUCAUUGAGAUCUGCUUCACUUUAGACACAAUCCCUAAAAUGCUAGUCAACCUUCUGCUGAAACAUAAAAGUAUUUCUUACAUCGGCUGUGCCAUUCAAAUGUCUGGCUUCUUCUAUUUUGGAUGUGCUGAGUGUUUCAUUUUAGCUGCCAUGUCCUAUGACCGCUAUGUUGCUAUCUGUAACCCCUUGCACUAUGCCACUGUCAUGAACAGGAAUUUCUGCCACAAGUUGGUGGGUGGGGUGUGGGUCAUUGGCAUUCCCGUAUCACUAUUGCAGGCAGCUUGGAUCUUUAGUCUCCCCUUUUGUGGACCCAAAGAGGUCAAUCACUUUUUCUGUGAUGCGCCACCAGUACUGAAGUUAGUUUGUGCUGAUACUUACUUAUUUGAAAUGCAAGCCCUUGCCUCUACGCUCUUGUUCCUCAUGUUUCCUUUUGUACUUAUCCUGAUCUCCUACAUACGCAUCAUUACCACCAUCCUCAGAAUAUCUUCAGCAGAGGGCAGACACAAAGCCUUCUCUACUUGCUCGUCUCAUCUCAUUGUGGUGACAUUGUUCUAUGGAAGUGGGAGCAUUGUCUAUCUGAGACCCAACUCCAACUAUUCCCCAGAAGUCAAAAAAAUGCUGUCUCUAUUUUAUGCAGUCCUCACACCCAUGCUAAACCCCAUUAUCUACACUCUGAGGAACCAUGAAGUGAAGGAAGCCAUGAAGAGAAUUCUUGGGCAGAAAAUCUUCUCAUAG